GGAUCUGUACGGCAAGCGCAGACAGAUGGUCAAGGUUCAGGCUUUGGAGAGGGAGGUUCAUCAUCUUCAGGAAGAGUUAAAAUCCCUUGAGCACAUUCAACGAGCUUCUAGAUACUGCAAAGAGUAUACAUGUCCCAACUUCUUAUUUCUGUCCAUUUAAUUGGCAUGUUUUGUAGUCUUAGGAUUCAAUCUGAGAUUUGACAUGGCACUGUGAACGUACAGGGUUGAUGACUUUGUUAGGGUUGAUGACUUUGUUGGGGCUAAACCAGAUCCAUUUAUUGCCCGAACUCCAGAAGUCCAUAAAUCCUGUUCCUUCUGGAAGCGCUUCUGGGGAAACUGUUGUUUGAAUCUCUCAUGGAUCUGCUGCUGUACUACCUUCCGACUUCGCUUUAAAAGAUUGAACAUUUUUACAAAUUGCAUAUCGUGUAAUUCGUCAUGCAUCCAUGCCUGCUGCUCGGAGAAAACUUGUUGUCUGAAAUGUCCUGAUUGUAAGGGAGAUUCAUGUUGCUGCCCCUGCCGUGCUUGCUACUGUCUUAGGUCUUUCUUCCAUAACUGUACAAAGGUCAUUUCUUGUUCUAGCUGUAUAAAAGCCUGUUGUCCUUAACCUUACAACCAUUUAAAUUC